AUGUCGUCGAAGAAGACGGGGUCAGCUCAUGCGCUAACUGCCGCUCUAGGAACAGCAUUAGCAGCAAUAGAUUCUUUGGAAGAAGUAACGAGCACUUCAAAGUUUAAUCUCGCAACCGAUGUUAAAAUGCAGAAUGUAGAGGACGAGAGAUUGCGGCGUGAUCAAGACACGGCAGCUGACGCCCAACUCGCCGCGCCGAUCAACCCGUCAGAUGCCUUAAAGUCAGUAAAGAUGGAGGAAAGCGGGAUCGUUGAUCAAUAUGUACGGUGCUCGGAGUGUAAACUCAAUCAUAGUUCUUCGCUUGGGGACAAAUUGCGCGUGUGUGGGAGUUGCAAGCUCGCUAUUCAUACGAAAUGCUACGCUGACGCAUUGCCUCGAGGUGAGAAGACGAUAAAAAGUAGCUUGCCGAACGUGAGCCUACACUGGAAUUGUGAUGCUUGUCGGCGUGGAGUGGACCCACGAGUGAUUAAGUGCGUUUACUGUGGGAUAUCAGGUGGUGAUCAUGCAAUCAAAUUGGUAGAAAAAGAUAAUGAUGACGAAUUCUGGAAGCAAAUCAAGCAAUUCGACAAAGAGGCAGCAGAACCGGAAGAUUAUGGCCAUGUGCUUUGCAUUAACUGGGAUCCACGCCGACUAGCCGCGCAUAUUGUCAAGGAAAGCAAGAUCGAACGUGUGAAGAAAUCGCCCAGGAAGGAAUCUGCAAAGGAAAUAUCAACGGAGUCCUUAAAGAAAGGAAAUGUGGCUAUUGAGAAUGGAGGUUUUGACGAUACAAAAACGACAUUUGUGGAAGAGCUUGAGGAGGCAGUACCUGACAUUAACGAUAUGCGAGAUCCCGUGUCUCCAGAGAAAUGCUGUUUCUGUCACUCCAAUAGUGGUGUCCGGAUUCAAUGUCGACGAGUACAUUGCGGGCAGUUCUUCCACGCAAUGUGCGCACAUAAAGGCAAUGGUCAUGUCGAGCUUCGAACUGGCCCCAUGUUGCAAUUCCAUGCGUACUGUGAGCGUCAUCGCACUUGCACCGAAGACAUUGGUGAUUUACUAGCGAAGCUAGUUACGCGCCCCGUUCGGUUACUUGUUGGCCGUGACGAUAUGCGUCGAUUUGCUACAAUAGCGAAGCAUUUGCAGGAUUACACUAGUGCUGGAACAAUCCUGCGUGAUCUGUCAGCAUUGAUGGUUGGAUACUGUCACAAAAGUCUGCGCACCAGCAAGAGCGAUCCGCCAAAUUAUAAUGUAAAACAUCUUCAAGUGGUUCAAUUUUUUCUAAGUCACGUGCCUCAACUCGAAAAGGUUUACGGACUGCCACCGACCCCUGCAAAAAACUUAGUUGAUGAUAAGAAGCUGUUUCGACGCUUGCAACGGACUUUCGAUCCUCCGAGGUACGUGGCGAAAUACCCUGGCCCAUUAAGUCAGCAAUACACUUGUGACGUGUGCUUAGACCCUUUCCACGAGCGACAGCACCUGUUUUAUUGCUCUGAAGGUGACAUUCCCCAUGUUCAGCAUUGGAGAUGCACCAAACGCCAGAUUUCUGGCCGAGAUCGCGAGCGAUCGACAUCAGUGGCGGGAAAUAGUAGUACCAAGAAGAAGCGAAGCGCGGUAACAGUUGUCCAAAAUGGUGUCCGAAAAGAGAUAACGUUGCCAAAGGGUCUCCCUAGCAUAACCGAUGAUGUCAUUUGCGGCGUCUGUGGUGCUUUGGUUGAUACCCGUGGUCUUAUUUCAUCUCGCAAAGAAGCAAAGCAUUUGGAGUUUGACAAAAAGGAGAGCAAGUUCAUGCAGAAUGGCUGCUAUAUCAACCCCAAAGGUCAGCAUGGCUAUUCGUACGGCACUGGAUCAACAUCAUCUCGCAAACCACCAAGACCGAAUGAUGGAAAACUCUAUGGCAGCUACUCUUCAUCUCAACCGGUACUAACUCCUCCUAAAAUGGAGCGAAUCAAUGUUCAGCGCACGAUAAGGUGGCUUGCUUGUGUAGCUAACAUUAUUCGCCAAGCUGGUAUCCCAGCACGCACGGGCUCUGACUCGACAGCAUCGACAGUAGCUUCCACAGCAGUAGACGUGGUAUCAGCGAGCAAACCAGCCAUAAGUGGCUCUGCAACCGAUGUUGUUGCUGCGCCUUCAGCUGUCAAUGACACGAUCCAAUCAACAGUUAAUGCUGAGACUGAGGCAACAUUGACAGCUCCUGAAACAGCAGCACACAGGGGCUCAGCGACAGCCGAUGCAACAGCAACACUUCUUCCUGUGAAACUGGAGAGUAAAAGCGAUUUUGUAAAUGAACCGGAAGCUGAAGAAGCGCUUAAGCCUGUCAUGACCCCUACGUCGAGCACACGCUCGUCGAUAUUAAAAGAAAGUUCGCUAGUGACACCUGCCAUGCAGGCCCUAUUUAACGAAGCGAUACGUCUCGUCCAGCCAUACGAUGCGUAUGCUCUGAAUAAAUUAGAGACUGCACAUGAUUUUCUUGUCCACCGAAGUGGACCUGGUGUUGCAGUCUUGCGCAUGCUCACUCAUGAAUACACGCGGUUUGUGUAUAUUAAGCAUACACGUGCUGUGGAGAAGGCACGCAAUGAAAAGCGCAAACGUGCUGAGCAUGAAGCCCAGGAACAUCGAGAGAAGGAACGCAAGCGCAUGAAUCUAGAAGCAGAACGGGCUUUAAAGAAGCAAAUGCUAGCAAUGCGUAACAAACAGCGCCAACACCUUAAAGCCACGUCUUCUAAGUAA